AUGGGUUCACCACAAUUAGGAGCCAAAAAACUUCAUGCAGUCUGUGUCCCUUUCCCAUCACAAGGCCAUGUUAACCCCAUGAUGCAAUUAGCCAAGCUUCUGUACUCCAGGGGAUUCCACAUAACCAUUGUCAACACCGAGUUCAACCACCGGCGUUUGAUCCGAUCCAGAGGUUCCGACUCCGUCAAGGGACUACCGGACUUCCAGUUCGCAACCAUACCGGACGGGCUGCCACCUUCAGAUAAAGAUGCAACCCAAGAUGUUCCACCUCUCUGUGACUCCAUUAGGAAAACAUGUCGAGGCCCUUUUAAGGAGCUGGUGACUAAGCUCAAUUCCUCGUCUGAAGUGCCACAGAUUACUUGUAUAGUUUCUGAUGGUGUUACGGGAUUUGGGAGGGAAGUUGCUAAGGAGCUAGGGAUUCCGGAGGUUCAGUUUUGGACUGCUUCUGCUUGUGGCUUCAUGGCAUACUUGCAAUACAGCGAACUUGUCAAACGAGGCAUUGUUCCAUUCAAAGAUGAAAGUUUCAUGGAAGAUGGUACACUUGAUAAGCCAGUUGAUUGGAUCCCAGGCAUGAAGAAUAUGAGGCUCAAAGACAUUCCUAGCUUCAUCAGAGUCACUGACGUCAACGACGUAAUGUUCGACUUCUUGGGAUCAGAAGCACAAAACUGCUUGAAAUCCUCUGCGAUCAUCUUCAACACGUUUGACGAAUUGGAGCAUGAAGUGUUGGAAGAAAUCUCAGUCAUGUUCCCCAACAUUUACACAAUAGGUCCACUUGCUUUGCUUGGUAGGCAUGUGCCUGAGAACAAAUUGGUCAAGUCCCUCAGUUCAGGCUUAUGGAAAGAAGACGUAAAAUGCCUCAAAUGGCUUGACAAACAGAAGCCCGAUUCGGUUGUGUAUGUGAACUAUGGGAGCGUAACUAUGAUGACAGACCAACAUUUGAGAGAAUUUGCAUGGGGGCUUGCAAAUAGCAAGCACCAUUUUUUGUGGAUUGUUAGGCCUGAUGUGGUAAAAGGGGAUUCUGUUGUCUUGCCUGAAGAAUUUCUCAAGGAGAUCAAGGAUAGGGGUUACAUAGCAAGUUGGUGUCCACAAGAGCAAGUGCUAGCACAUCCAUCAGUUGGGGUCUUUUUAACACACUGUGGUUGGAAUUCUACUAUUGAAACUAUAUCAGAGGGUGUGCCUGUAAUCUGCUGGCCUUUCUUUUCUGAGCAGCAAACAAAUUGCCGUUUCGCGUGUACUGAAUGGGGAAUUGGUAUGGAGGUGAACAAUGAUGUUAAGCGCGAUGAGAUUGAAGAACUUGUCAAGGAAAUGCUGGUGGGAGAGAAAGGCAGGAAGAUGAGGCAAAUGGCAAAGGAAUGGAAGAAGAAAGUAAUGGAAGCUGCUGAUAUUGGAGGAUCAUCAUACAAUAAUUUUGAUAGAUUGAUUGAGCAAGUUUGGAUACAUGUGGCCUCAUGA